UCUACAGUAAUAUUACAGGGACAUGACUGGGGAGGUGAGGGAUCUCGGAGCAUUUACAUUAAUAUUCAUGUCUCCUCCAUUUUGCAGGUUAACACAGUAGUGAAGAAGACUUCCGGUGAGUGUGAGACACCCAGCAGCCAUCACAUUGUGUGUAGGACUGAGCAGGACCCAGAGCCCCAUCACGGUGCCUCCAUCUCAGUCACUGACACAUGAGAGACACAAUGAUCAAAAGAUCCUGGAACUCACCAACAAGAUCAUUCAGCUGCUGACUGGAGAGGAGGAGGAGUAUACAGAGGAACACAGGGGUCUGUACAAGGACGUGAUGAUGGAGAAUCACCGGCCCCUCACAUCACUGGAUGGGCCCAGUAACAGAGAUACCCCAGAGAGAUGUCCCCGUCCUCUGUAUUCCCAGGACUGUACAGAAGAGAAUCACAGGACCCCACAGGAGGAUCAGGAUGACUGCCUGACUGAUAUAAAGGCAGAAGAUAUAGAGGGAGAAGAAGAGACGUAUGUGACUGAUAUAAAGGCAGAAGAUAUAGAGGGAGAAGAAGAGACGUAUGUGACUGAUAUAAAGGCAGAAGAUAUAGAGGGAGAAGAAGAGACGUAUGUGACUGAUAUGAAGGCAGAAGAUAUAGAGGGAGAAGAAGAGACGUAUGUGACUGAUAAAAAGGCAGAAGAUAUAGAGGGAGAAGAAGAGACGUAUGUGACUGAUAUAAAGGCAGAAGAUAUAGAGGGAGAAGAAGAAACGUAUGUGACUGAUAUAAAGGCAGAAGAUAUAGAGGGAGAAGAAGCGACGUAUGUGACUGAUAUAAAGGCAGAAGAUAUAGAGGGAGAAGAAGAGACGUAUGUGACUGAUAUAAAGGCAGAGGAUACAGAGGGAGAAGAAGAGACGUAUGUGACUGAUAUAAAGGCAGAAGAUAUAGAGGAAGAAGAAGAGACGUAUGUGAGGGGUGAUCAGCAGUGUAAGGAGGAGGAGAUCCCUACAGAUAUCAGCACAGCAGAUGGACCCACAAGCAGGAAUAUCUCAGAAGUACAUCUAAUGUUAUCCCUGGAUUGUGAAAUAACAGAUAAUGACAGUAGACAGGAUUCUCCAGGAGAUAAUACCAUUACCCCAAUUAUACAUCAAGCUCUAUCAGCUGAUCCCCCUGAUCCUGGGAAAUGUUCUCCUGAUCACUCUAUUACAGCUCUGAGAUUAGAUACAGAGUUUCCCUGUUCUACAGAUGCCAAAUGUUUUACACAGAACACAAACCGUAUUACUCAUCAGCCAGCUAAGGCAGGUGAGAGGCCAUUUCCAUGUUCUGAGUGUGGGAAAUGUUUUACAUAUAAAUCAGAUCUUGUUAGACAUCAGAGAAGUCACACUGGUGAGAAGCCAUUUCCAUGUUCUGAGUGUGGGAAAUUUUUUACAAAUAAAUCAAAUCUUGUUACACAUCAGAGAAGUCACACAGGUGAGAAGCCGUAUUCCUGUUCUGAGUGUGGGAAAUGUUUUGCACAGAAAUCGGAUCUUUUUAUACAUCAGAGAAGUCACACAGGUGAGAAGCCGUAUUCCUGUUCUGAGUGUGGGAAAUGUUUUGCAUCGAAAUCAUAUCUUGUUACACAUCAGAGAAGUCACACAGGUGAGAAGCCGUAUUCCUGUUCUGAGUGAAUGAAAUGUUUUCCACAGAAAUCAGAUCUUGUUACACAUCAGAGAAGUCACACUGGUGAGGAGCCAUUUCCAUGUUCUGAGUGUGGGAAAUGUUUUGCAUCGAAAUCAGAUCUUGUUACACAUCAGAGAAGUCACACAGGUGAGAAGCCGUAUUCCUGUUCUGAGUGUAUGAAAUGUUUUCCACAGAAAUCAGAUCUUGUUACACAUCAGAGAAGUCACACUGGUGAGGAGCCAUUUCCAUGUUCUGAGUGUGUGAAAUGUUUUAGACACAAAUCAGGUCUUGUUACACAUCAGCGGUUUCACAGGUGAGAAGCCGUUUUCAUGCUGUGAGAGAAAUAAAUCCGCUCUUGUUGAACAUAUUAGACAUUACCCAAGCACGGAACCAUUUAAAUCUUCUGGAGUAUAAUUAUCACUGUCAUGCAAUGUUCCUCAAGGGUCAAUCCUAUCUCCUAUGCUUCAUGCAAUAUACAGUCUGGUCCAUAUAUAUUGGGACAUCAACACAAUUCUCAUAUUUUGGGCUCUAUACACCACUACAAUGGAUUUGAAAUGAAACAAACAAGAUGUGCUUUAACUGCAGACUUUCCGCUUUAAUUUGAGGGUAUAUACAUCAAAAUCAGGUGAAUCGUGUAGGAAUUAAAAGGUUUUUAUAUGUGCCUCCCACUUUUUAAGGGACCAAAAGUAAUGGUACAAACUAAACAAUCCUAAAUCAAAUAUUGUAAAUCAGUAGAUCAGUGCGCUCGUCCAGUUCAACAAAAAGUACUUUACUACUUAAUGUGGUCGCAGCCCGGAUCAGUGUUUCGUGAAUUGAGCUUUGACAUAUUUUCCAAGGGCGAUCUGAUUACCAUCUCCUAGAUGAAGACCUGGAUACAAUAUCCAUACUGAUAUGCAAAUAUUUAUUUAUCUGGUACGCAUAUAAAUUUUGUGUGAUAACUGAAUUUAAUCCCAGAUACGGAAAUAUACUACGCUAUAUAGCGAUUAUUUGUGUCUCCUAGCAGCAUUUAGAUCCCAGUAGUAACCUGGACUAAAGAAUGGGGGACUGAUAUGCCAUGUGUCAAGCCGUAAUCCGUACGCUAUAAUAUUCUUGCGUGUGACAAAACUAGUGAUGAGCGGAUUCGGUUUUACUCUGUUCUCAAAACGGCAUCUUAUUGGCUUACAGAUGUCAUGUGUUUUGGAUAGCCAAUAAGAUUCUGUUUUGAGAUCUGAGUAAAACCGAAUCCGCUCAUCACUAGACAAAACUGAUUGAAAAAUACUACACCAUAGUCGCUCUCUUGUUUCUUCCUUUGUUUCCAGAAUCCUUAAUUAAACUUUUACUUUUUAAUACUUUGUUGCAAAUCCUUUUGUCAGUUACAGCCUGAAGUCUGGAAAGCAUAGACAUCACCAGAUGCUGGGUUUCAUCCCUGGUGAUGCUAUGCCAGGCCUCUACUGCAAAUGUCUUCAGUUUCUGCUUAUUCUUGGGGCAUUUUCUCUUUUGUUUUGUCUUCAUGAAGUGAAAUGCAUGCUCAAUCGGAUUCAGGUCAGGUGAUUGACUUGGCCAUUGCAUAACAUUCCACUUAUUUGCCUUAAAAAAACGCUUUGGUUGCUUUCGCAGUAUGCGUCGGGUCAUUGUCCAUCUGCACUGUGAAGCACCUUCCAGUGAGUUCCGAAGCAUUUGACUGAAUAUGAGCAGAUAAAAUUGCCCAAAACACUUCAGCAUUCAUCCUGCUGCUUUUAUCAGCAGUCACAUUAUCAAUAAAUACAAGGGAACCAGUUCCAUUGGCAUCCAUACAUGCCCAGGCCAUGACACUACCACCACCAUGCUUCACUGAUGAGCUGGUAGGUUUUGGAUCAUGAGCAGUUCCUUUCCUUCUCCAUACUCUUUUCUUCCCAUCACUCUGGUACAAGUUGAUAUUUGUCUCAUCUGUCCACAGGAUGUUGUUCCAGAACUGUAAAGGCUUUUUUAGAUGUUGUUUGCAAACUCUAAUCUGGUCUUCCUGUUUUAUUGCUCACCAAUGGUUUACAUCUUGUGGUGAACCCUCUAUAUUCACUCUUGUGAAGUCUUCUCUUGAUUGUUUACUUUGACACAUAUACACCUAUCUCCUGGAGAGUGUUCUUGAUCUGGGCAACUGUUGUGAUGGGUUUCGUGCUAUUUAGUACACUAGUAGUGUACUAAAUAGCACGAACAGCUUGUAACGUAGAGUGGCAAGUUUAAUCUUUCUAUGUAUAAUGGAGAGAAAUAAAAGCUCCUCCCUAAGUUCCUGGAUGCCAAAUCACUGUCCUUAGUAUCUCUGUACAGUUUUUUCUAUUAGAGUACUAAUUAGCAGGAACAGCUUAUAAUGUACAACACAGAUUCUCUAACGCCGACGAUCUACAGUACUGUGUUGCUCGAACAGUUAGUUGCGUCAGAAUACACUAAUUUAUAUUUACUGGUAUGCCUAUACGUGCUCAUUACCGCUGUGUAUUUUAGAUAGUGAAUGAGUCACUCCUGCAGAUUUACCCCGAUUUGUGUGAAACCUGUGUGUACCCUGCUGUUGAAUGUUUUACAAUGGAUUACACAGAAAAAAUAAUAAAGUGAAUGUCACUGGAACACAAAAAAAAUUGACACUUUGGGAAUCGAACCCGGUACUCAGCGUGGCAGACCGGAGCCUUCAUCGCUAGCCCACAGCACUGCAUGGAAGAUUCUCAAGUUCAUGUGUAAAAGUACUGCCAAGAGCGAUUCCUCCCCAUUGGUGUUUGUUUAUGCCGUUAGGGGACUCGGACGCUCAUUUUGUGCACUGUACAUACUGUAAAGUCAAUGAGCUACAUUAUUCCUUUCACACAUUAGUUGUGUCUGCAUACACAAGUGUUUUAACACGUUCAUUUGCAUCUGUAUAAACUAUACACACAGGGAUUUGGCAUCCAGAAACUUAGGGAGGAGCUUUUAUCUCUCCCCAUUAUACUUAAUACUACGGAAUUUGGACACUCGCAUAUCCCUAACAUCAAUAGACCAUACUGUAUCUGUAACACGUUAAUUUGCAUCUGUAUAUGCUGUACUAUUUGCACCUGUACUGUAUAUACUGUCAUAGACUUUGACAUACUGUAGCAUAAUGUAGAGUAAUGAGAUGCACCAGUAAAGUAGUUCUUACGCUGUAGUUUAGUAUUGUAUUUUAAUGGAGACCACACGCUUGGGCAUUGGUGAUUUAUAAAAGCGACAUCUGGUGGAUGAUCUUAGGUAUUACACUCAAAGGUAACGCCAAACGCUCUGUGUGCCUUCCUACGACUAGGUGCGCCUCCUUGCGCCCAGGUACGCUGCGUAUGCCUGAUCGCGACUAACGUUUCAGUCAGCCAAGAUAACGGAGGACCCGUCUGUAUAUUUAGUUCCUAAAUAAUACAUCCCAAAUGCUUAGGUCUUUUUUCUGCUGUUUAUUUUGUAUCUUGUGCUUUGUGUAAAUGUGAAUGUCUAAUACCAGUUUGCACAAUCUGUAUUGCUGCACGACAAUAUGGCGGCCAUAGGAACGUGUUUUCACUUCUAGUUUGCCUAACUUGUUGCAGACACUCAUCUUGAUCAGGAGUGCCGAGUGUUUUCUGAUACAAGAUCCUGUCCAUAUAUACCCUGUACAUUACCAUGUGCAUUAGAGUCACCCGGGUUCCAUCUGCGGUGGUUUGUUGUAUGUUACAUCUAUAUGGUGCGGAUACUCCCCUGUAUUUCAUAAUAAAAGCUUUUGUUUGCAUCUAA